AUGCCGAUAUUUCAGAAGAAAUUUGCACUGAAAAUUGCCCCACCGCGCACCCAUCGACUCAACAUUGGCUGUCCGCCGCAGCAGGAGGACCUCGACGACUUCCGGAGCAUCACGCUGAAUCUGGUCGACAAGCAGCUCUGCUUCAUCGACGGCGUGUGGAUGAACGGGUUGAAGCCGACGGCUGGGGGCUCCGCGGCCGCUUCCUCUUCCGGUGCGACUGCACACUCGAUGGACGAUCUGCUGCGAAUGAAGCGCCGCGUGAAAACGCUCGAGCAGGAAAACAAUAUGCUCCAGGUGAAGCUGGACGUGCUGGUCGACCUGCUGACGGAAAAUGUGAUCGAGUUGAACGAAGCCAAAAACCAAUAG